UUUUCCUCCAUUUGCAUGCCUUUUCUAACCUACGCCCUAUCCGGUGCAUAUUAGCCCUCUUCCCCACCAAUUAAAGAUAUCCAAGACACACUGUGUUUCCAUUUCUCUUUUCUUCAUCCUUCAAGCAACCCCUUUUCUUGAUUCAACCCACCUGCAAAAACAAGAUCUUUGAUUUGUCAAGUAGAGCAAACUAAACAUGAGUUGCUUCGGCUGUUGUGGAGAAGAUGAUAUGCACAAGUCGUACGAUAACGGAACCUACAUGCCGAAUAAUGCUGCAGGAAACAAUGCAGGUUAUCGUGCCACUGAGGCUGCACCAAAGGACACACAGGCUGUUGCCGUCCAACCUAUUGCUGUCCCUGCUCUACAAGUGGAUGAACUGAAAGAAAUUACUGAUAAUUUCGGUACAAAGUCGUUAAUCGGAGAGGGAUCAUAUGGAAGAGUGUACCAUGGUGUCUUGAGAAGCGGCCAGGCAGCAGCUAUCAAGAAGUUAGACUCCAGCAAGCAACCCGAUCAAGAAUUUUUAGCCCAGGUUUCUAUGGUAUCGAGGCUUAAAAACGAUAAUGUUGUGGGAUUACUCGGGUAUUGCAUUGAUGGCGGUCUAAGAGUGUUGGCCUAUGAGUAUGCUUCAAAUGGAUCUCUUCAUGAUAUUCUGCAUGGAAGAAAAGGUGUUAAAGGUGCACAGCCAGGUCCAGUUUUAUCAUGGUCUCAAAGAGUUAAAAUUGCUGUCGGUGCUGCAAAAGGACUUGAAUACUUGCAUGAAAAGGCGCAGCCUCAUAUCAUUCAUCGCGAUAUAAAGUCGAGUAAUGUUCUGUUGUUUGAUGAUGAUGUGGCUAAGAUUGCUGAUUUUGAUUUAUCGAAUCAAGCACCUGACAUGGCAGCUCGCCUUCAUUCCACUCGUGUUCUUGGUACUUUCGGUUAUCAUGCACCUGAAUAUGCAAUGACCGGACAGUUGAGUUCAAAGAGUGAUGUUUACAGCUUUGGCGUGGUUCUCCUAGAACUUUUGACUGGCCGAAAGCCCGUUGACCACACUUUGCCUCGUGGUCAACAGAGUCUGGUCACAUGGGCAACACCUAAACUGAGUGAAGAUAAGGUGAAACAGUGUGUUGACACUAGACUCAAUGGGGAAUACCCCCCUAAGGCAGUUGCCAAGAUGGCGGCGGUUGCAGCGUUGUGUGUGCAAUAUGAAGCCGAUUUCAGGCCAAACAUGAGCAUUGUGGUUAAAGCACUGCAGCCAUUGUUGAACGCGCGUGCGGGGCCUCAAACCGAAGCGCCACACUUGUGAAUCCCCACCUAGAGCCGGGCUACGGCCGCUACUGCUACUGCUUGAUCAUAAUCAUGUCAUUCCUGCAGAUGACAGAUAAAACUAGCAGAUAUUUAUGUUUGUAAUGUGGAAGAAUAUUCCACAGCUGAUGCGCAUUCUUUUGUUUGAGGUUUCAAGAUUUUCUUGUGGUAAAUAGUGAAGGGAUUUAUUUAGGUGCAAAGAUACUCUUAUGAUGUACUGCAGAAACAAGUUUAUUUUAUUUCUGGAAAUUGGUUUUAUUCCCUUGUGAGAUGAUCUGGUU